AUGGGAACACAGAAGAAAGAAGCCACUCGGCGGGUCCGUGAGGGCAAGACGACCGAUGGCAACAUCAGAGUGAAGGGCGAAAACUUUUACCGCUCAGCGAAAAGGGUAAAGCAGCUCAAUGUCUACAAGGAGGGUCGCGCCCAGCGCGAUGCCGACGGCAACAUCACCAAGGCUGCCGUCUUCCAGAGCCGGGAUGUGCCGACAGCUGUGAUUGAGCCCAACCGGAAAUGGUUCCAGAACUCUCGCGUCAUCAGUCAGGAGAGCCUGUCGGCCUUUCGGACGGCCAUGGCCGAGCAGGCCAAGGACCCUAACCGGUUUCUGCUCAAGACGGCCAAGCUGCCCAUGUCGCUGAUCGAAGACGAGACCUCGCUGGCCAAGAGCCGUCCGGCCCUGGUGGAGUCGUUUGCCGAUGUCUUUGGCACCAAGGCUACUCGCAAGCGGGUCACCAUGAAGAACUUCAGCUCUCUCGACGACCUGGCCGACACCGCAAAGCGGAGUAUCUCGUCGUACCAUGACCGGCGCUCGAACUUGGCCCAGAACGGUCUGACUGCCGCUGCAAGCGGUGAGACGACUGGCGAGGUCGAGGAUGUCGAUGGAGCAGAUUUUGCCCCUCCUGAAGUCGGCGAGGCAGAGGACGAAGAUGUCGGCGGCUCCUCAAACCGGAUGGAGCCCAUCUUCAACAAGGGCCAGAGCAGACGGAUUUGGAACGAGCUGUACCGUACCAUCGACUCGUCGGACGUCGUCAUCCACGUGCUAGAUGCCCGGGAUCCAAUUGGCACGACAUGUCGAAGCAUCGAAGACUAUCUCCGCAAGGAGGCACCUCAUAAACACCUAAUCUACGUCCUGAACAAAUGUGACUUGGUUCCCUCAGCCGUUGCUGCACGUUGGGUCCGGACUCUACAAAAGACGGUGCCGACUUGUGCAUUCCGCGCAUCGGUGUCCAACCCGUUCGGCAAGGGAUCUUUGAUCUCUUUGCUAAGGCAGUUCUCCUCGCUGCACGCAGACAGGAAACAAAUCAGUGUUGGCCUGGUCGGCUAUCCCAAUGUCGGAAAAAGCUCCGUGCUGAACGCUUUGUUGGGAAGAAAAGCGUGUACCGUUGCUCCUAUUCCAGGAGAGACCAAAGUGUGGCAAUUUGUUCGACUGAUGAAGAGAAUAUAUCUGAUUGACUGCCCCGGUAUUGUCCCGCCAGACCAGAAUGCUUCGGCAGAAGAUAUCCUUCUGCGCGGAGCAGUUCGCACAGAGAAGAUUUACAACCCAGCACAGUACAUUGGAGCCGUACUGAAGCGGACAAAGAAGCACCAUCUUGCACGCUCAUAUGAGUUAAAUGAUUGGGAGGACGAUGUCGACUUCUUGGAACAGCUUUCAAGAAAGCGUGGUCGGCUGCUAGCCGGUGGUGAGGCCGACCUCGACGGUAUGGCGAUCAUCGUGCUGAACGAUUUCCUGAGAGGCAAGAUCCCAUGGUUCUCGGCACCAGAACUGUCUCCGGCAGAGGUCAAGCAGAAAGGUGUCGACGGCCGCUCUGGACGUUUUGGAGAGAUGAAGCAGAAGCGCAAGCGGGAAGACGUGGAGAGCGAGGCAGCUACUCCUAUGGGCGCUGCGUCGCCCACCAAUAUUGCUGAUGCCAGCAAGGAUGAGAAGGACGGAGAGUCUGACGGCUUUGGCAGCGACAGCGUCAGCGUCGAGGAGGCUGUCAAGGCAGGAAUAUCGGCCAACGUCAACAAGGCAAAGUCAAAACAAGGCGCAAAAUCCAAACGCCAACGCCGGUAA